UGGAAGUGCUCGCACGCUUUAACGGCAUUCAAAAACUUCAGGAUGGUGAAAAAUUCGCGCCGCGAUGCCUAAAAUAUACAUUAAAUAAAGCAAAUAGCACAACUAUUUGGCCGACCGAAGGGUGGUGCCUUUAUAACAGUUGUGGGUUGUGUGCAGGGAGUGCAUCAAACCGAACAGAAAAAUGUGUUUCAAACAGUAGUUAAAAGUGAAAGUAGUACGAAGUUAAAUAGUUCAGUAGAAAAACAAAAUUAUCGCAGAGCACUUCAUGAGACUCGUGCGAAGAUAUCAGACGCAAAGAUGCUUCGUGUUUUUUACGUGAAUGUUUGUGUGUACCUUGAUUUACCGCGUUCGACAAAUGCUGCCUUAACAUAAGGACCAAGUGAAAUGACAUAAACACUUUUACUGCAGACGUGCACCGCCAAAGAUCUACAAAUGCACACGCGAGCUUUCGCAUACAUACAAACACACAUGAAAUUGCAUACACCCACAUAACUCAUGUAAGAGUUCUUCUUAAGUUUUUCGUGAGUGCAGUGCAAACUAAGCUGUGACAGUAGCGGCGAAGACAAAGUCUUUCAUUAACUUGAAAAUCAAAAAAAUUCCAAGCAAAAAGUAUUACGGAGAAUAUACUAAGUAGUAGUAGCAGUACCAAUAUAUACAUAGGUAUAUAAGAAUGCAAAUAGUAAAAAAUGUGUUUGUAUGAAUCGAGUCAAGGUCAAAAACUUACACCGUAAUGACGGCUCAGCUCCGCAUUCCAGUUUGUGCACAGGCUUGCCGGGUCACCAUCAGUCAGGAAAUGGCGGAACCGGUGAAGUGAUGAAUGUAUAAAACUCAUUACCGUAGAACCAAUGACCAAGCCCAAUCAUGCAUAUCGAAGUGCAGAAUCUAAUUAAUAUUGUCGGUCAGUGCAUCACAUAUUCAAACAACAACAACAACAAAAAGAACAUCAAGCACGAGCGCGGCGCUAAGUGUAUAUCGAGUGUAGUUUAAUUAUACCUCUCCGAUACUGUGUUGCCGCCGAGGUGGCGGAACCUAGUGCACGCUGCGGAUAACCGCCGGAACAACCUAAGGCGGAUGCAGGGUUGCAGCUGCAAUUUGCUGUGUAUUUUCCACUUUUUGCGGCACAAUGACCAAUACGGUUCGGAUACUACUUCUGUUAAGUGCCGCACAAAUUAGGCCGUUGAAGCGACUGGCGGCAUAAAUAAACUUCGGAUCGGGCUUUCGGUCGAGUCUUUCAUGCGAGUAGUGAUUUUUUUUAUAGGGAAAACGCAUGAAAUUGUUUAGCAGCAUUCAAUGAAAUCUUAUAAGACAUUUCCUUCGCGACGUAAGCGAUGGCGUAAUUUAUAUUUGAAAUUUGUCUAACGGUGUAGAGAACGGUCAGUUUAACCUCAUUAGAAAUCAGGCGGCAAGCUGAUUUACUGAGUGUGCGCACAUAAAUAACAGCAAAAACAAUUAGGUAACAGCAACUGCUAUGUAGAAAGAUGGUAUCGUUGGCGGAAAUUAACACCACAGCGGCAAUGACGCCGAGCGGCUUCUUCCGGCUAUACGGUCUCAACGUCGGCGGUGAUGACGAUGACAUCGUUAUAAAUGGCAGUGGUGAUGGUGAUAACAACGAGGUGGAAAGGGUUGUUAUGGACGCUUGGAAUACAUUUGGCAGCUCAAACUCAACUAGCAGCCAAGCGACGAAUGUGACCUCAAUGAACUCAUCUUCGAUGACCCAACACAACACCACAUUCGCCGAUAAUGCCAACAAUACGUCCUAUACAUGGCCAUCUGCAACGGAUGAAUCGUACAGUGACUUGGAUUUCCAGUCAUCUUCCGUAUUUGUUGGUUCUAAUUCAACGCUGCCUACAGAUAGGAAAGCAGCGAACGGAAAUGGAAUUGGAAAUGAAGGUGGGUGGUCGGUUGAUGGUAGCUAUGACACCACUGAAGGCGCACUUGAUAAUUGCACUACACCAACAAACAGUUUGUUUGAUAUUGCCUUAACGACAACGGGAAAGAGUCGCGUUGCUGUUGCUGAGAACGGGGAUGAUAUCAACUUUGCUUUGAUCGAUAGUGCGGAAACGGCUAUGGGCGGUGACAAUGAUUACGAAACAGUAGAGGGUUUUAAUGGUGGUGUUGACGAAGUUGAUCGCCUACCGGACGAAGGUACUGAUUUUAUUCGACAUUCCAGCGCAUUAGACAGUUUCGGAUCGAUAAGAAACGAAUCGUAUUACCCGAGUUUCGAUGGCGGCGGGACGAGCGUGGCGACCGUGAGAAAGGGCGUAACUGGUGGCGCGGGCGAUAAGAGUGGUAGUUCAUUCAUGCUGAUGCUUGAAGACUUUGGCGAUUAUUUUUUUAAUUUUAACGGAACCGGCAGCGGGGUCGGUGAUGGUGUCGCGUUUUCGGAUACACAAUCUACAAUAAGCACUUUAAAUGCGACCGACUUCCUUACACGAACUAAUUGCUCAAAUAUAACGGAUUUGUGUGUGGAGCCAUAUGAUGAAAUUGUUCCGAAUUAUUGGGCGCUUACGUUGAUGGUGUUUCCUUUGCUGACAUUGUUCGGUAAUAUUUUAGUGAUCCUUUCAGUGUGCCGCGAACGAUCCUUACAAACGGUUACGAAUUAUUUUAUCGUGUCUUUGGCAAUAGCCGAUCUACUAGUUGCUGUCGUGGUGAUGCCGUUUGCGGUUUAUGUUUUGGUGAAUAGAGGACGUUGGGAUCUUCCGGGGUUCAUAUGUGAUUUUUAUAUAGCUAUGGAUGUGAUAUGUUCAACAUCAUCGAUCUUCAAUCUAGUGGCGAUAUCGAUAGAUCGGUAUAUUGCUGUGACGAGACCCAUAGAAUAUGCGAAACACCGGAACAGUCCACGUGUUUGCCUGACUAUCCUAUUCGCCUGGGCAAUUUCAGCGGCUAUCGGUCUACCAAUAGUUUUGGGCCUCAACAACACACCUGAUCGCGUUCCGCAACUUUGUAUAUUCUACAACAGUUUGUUCAUUCUUUGCUCUUCGUUAAGCAGUUUCUACAUUCCCUGUACAAUAAUGGUUUUCCUAUACUGGAAUAUUUUCAGGGCACUGAAUAUGCGAGCCAAGAAGCAACGCGCCGCGCGGAGGCCGCACCUAUCGGAGCUGACGGGUGGCAGCGUCAUUGAGAAUGUAGCACAAACGCGCCGGCUGGCCGAAACGGCGCUGGGCAGCGACAGGCACGCGGUCCGCAUAAUUCCUGACGAGCCGGCGACGAACACAGCGUCGGGGUCAAACGAGGAAGAGGAGGAGCCCGGCGGUGGUGCCAUAUCGCCGGACAUCGACGAUUGCCAUGUCAUCGUCAAUGACAAAUCCACAGAAUUUAUGCUAGCCACCGUAGUGGAGGAGACUGGCAUUGUUGUUGCGCAGAUCAGCAGUCCACCACAACUUGUGGUGGCCGAUCCAAAUGGUAAUCAUGAUUCUGGUUAUGCACCCUCAAACGUUGACGAUGUCCUUGCAGGCGCAGCCGCCGAUUCGUCGCCGCCGGAUAGCCCGGAGCCUAGUGGGACAUACAAACGGUCCAGUGUGAGCAGCAGUAGACGCAACACCGCUACUGGUGAUUCACCCAUCAAACGGGAGCCCUCCCUCAGUGUUGCGAUGAAGCCGCUGUCCUUCGUCCGCUGCGGGGUCCAAGAACCAAUUACACUGGCACGCAACGAUUCCACACUUUCAGCAGCGUCGAAGAGCUCUUCGCGUAAGGACAAGAAAAACUCGCAGGCCUCGAGGUUCACAAUAUACAAAGUACACAAAGCUUCGAAGAAAAAGCGCGAAAAGUCGUCGGCGAAGAAAGAGCAGAAAGCCACCAAAACUCUCGCCAUCGUUCUGGGUGUCUUCCUGGUUUGCUGGUUGCCAUUCUUCACGUGCAAUGUCUCGGAUGCUGUCUGUGCUAUGUUGAGCAUAAGCUGGCGGCCAGGCGUCACCCUCUUCAUAUUCACCACCUGGCUGGGCUACAUCAACAGCUUCGUCAAUCCCAUCAUCUACACGAUCUUCAACCCAGAGUUCCGCAAAGCAUUCAAAAAGAUCAUGCACUUAGGGUGAUUAACAUCAUCGCUGAUCGGACUAGUCUGCGCUAAAGUAAACGCGUACGUGCAAAGUAAUAAGCACAUAUACAUUUUUAUAAUGAUAACGGUGGAAGAGGGCAAAAUAUUUCUUCAUUAUAAUAGCAAUAACAAAAACUAUAACUAUACUAAUACACGCAUUGCCCGUCGCAGCGACAAGAGUCAUAAGCAUUACUUCGCGAUUUUAUAGACGACAACCCGCACAUGCAAAAAACUCAACAACAACAACUUAUAAAUAUAGACACAUACAUAUACUAAUCAUAAUAACUUUAGAGUAGCUCUAGGUAAAAGUUAAGAUAUCCAAAUGAAAUUGAAGACUUUUGGUCGAUCUUAAUUGCCGCCUACAUUUGCUAUAUUUACAUUUGGAAUAAAUAUGGAGGUGCAAAAUAUUCAUAUGUAUAGCAGAGAACUUAGUAAAUGUAGUGCCUCUAGCUGUACAGAGAGUAAUGGUGGAUCAGGUAAUUUCACAUCUAGGCUUAACGGAAUCAGUUUGUAAAUAUAUAUACCCAAAUGCUAACAAAUUGGCAUUAUACUCCAUUUUGUCCUGUGUACAAUAUGGCGGACGAAUACGUAAGUAUAAUAGAAAGAGAGAGAGCAAAAGGUGCGCUUUUGAGCAAAGACAACGUAAAAGCUUUCAAGCUCUUUAAUCAAGUCUCACCGAAAACGUUUUUCUUUCUCCUCUUUCUGCUAAAUUUGUGAAGAGAGUUGUUUAUGUAUUCCCAUCUUAAGUAAUAAUCAAUUAGGCUGUACUCUACUUUGUUUACAAUUUGCUAAAUAAUUUGCUGAUUGACUCAAUUAAGACGCUUUUAAGCCAAUAUAAACACAUGCGCUGUUUUCGGUACGUGGUUACUCUGAUGAGUAUCUCGCAGUAACCAUUUUUCUUGUCAAAGAAAUUUACAUGCAAAUGAAUAUCCGGAUACCUCAAUGAAGUAGUAUAUCCGCUCAAUCCUAGCAAGUUUUCUUUCACAUAUUUCAGACUAGUUUUUCUAUCUAAUUAAAAGAAAAUAUAAAUUUUUUGUAUUGAUUUUUAAAACUUAAGACUUGAAAUAGAUUACAAUUAUUUAUAGAUAACUUUAGGAUCGAACACUUUAUCCAACAAAGAAAGAAGCGCGACACCAAUUUGAAAAUCGAUAUAGUUUCUUCGAUCCAACGCCUGACGUAUCAAAUAGUAGAAACAUAUUCAGGUUUUGUUCCUUAUUUAGCAUUCUGGGAGCUCUUUAGCCAACAACCAUCCACCAUAUUGUACACACAUAUGUAUAUACAUAUGUACAUUACGAAGCAUAUGAGGGAAAUUAAAGUGCUUCCCCAGCAUAGCGCUAUAAUGUUAAGAAGAUAACUUAUUUUCCAAAAGAGUAAUACACCAAGAGCGCAUAAGCAUAGAACUUCUUAAGUAAUUAGGUAAUCAAAUUUCUCACGCUAGUAAAAGUAAAAAAAAAUUAUGAAUAUCAUCGAGCCAGAUUUCUAGCCUCAUUUCUCAAUUUUUAUUCAAGUCGAACAUAUCACCAAACCAACUUACAAUGAAUUUCGUAUAAACUCGAACACAAACCAACGAUAGUUUCACAUAUCUAGAGAACGGGCGAAUCCUUGAACAAUAAAAAACAAUUAUCAAAACGAAAUUUUGUAAAAUCGGUUUACCAAAUGGCUUGUAAACUUUAUACAUACAUAAAUCAAUACUCGUAGGCUAUAAUUCUUACUUGAAGCAUGAAAGCGCUGGUUGUCAUAACAGCACUAGUUAAGUCUAAUAAAUUUACUAAAAUGAAACUGAUUUCUUAGAUACAUACAUACAUACGUACAAGUAUGCGAUGCUGCAAAAAGAAGCCCCAGCAAAGCGUCCCGUAUCUCAAAUUCGAGAAAAUAUUGCCUCAUCCCUCUGAAAGAUAUUGCCAGAUUUUCAAAAAAUCACCGAAAAUCGGUUUCUCUUUCGGAGUUUAAAAAUGGCAAAGCAAAAUGAGCCCCACUGCGAGACUUUUGCGGCGAUUUCUUUGAGCGGUUCCGGUAAUAUAGCGUACGUAAAUAAAAGAUAAACUAGUAAAACUCGAAAUGAAAGCAAUUAGAAGAACUUAGUUACUUAAUAAGACCUACUAAGUGCAAAAUACAUUAUAUCAUACCAGAUGGCAUGAAAUUAGUUGAGUUAAUUAUGGAACAAUUAAUCUAAAUGAAUAAUCAAAACUCAUAAGAAAUAUCAGGGUACUCAAGUAAAUCAAAUAAAUAAUCAUAAUUAACAAAUUAACAGUUAUAGCAAAUGUAAAUGUAUAUAUGCAUAAUUAAGUUGCGACUAAGAGACAAUGUACCGUGUUAAGCAUGUGUGUACAGUUAGCUGUUAAGUAUACUUAUAUGUAUGUAGCUAAUUCCAAUGCCGCUGCAGAGGCAAACAUAGAAUUUGUUCAGUUUUAAUGACCGUCCUCUCAAUUGUUUCUAUGCGACAAAUAAUUAAUUAUACACAAAACAACAAAUACAUAAGUACAUACAUGUAUAUAUAUAAAUAUAUACUCUUACAAUUAAACUAAAAACUAAAUAGAAAAUGUUUAACUUUAAGGAAGCCAGAAAUCUCGCUGGAGAAAAUGUAAAAAACAAAAUAAAACAAUAACUGCAAAGAAAGUAGCGAGCGAGAAUAGCGGUAAAUGCUCAACACUUUUGUACUUUCCUAUAAUUUUGUUACGCGAUUGCAUAAAUCAAUUUACGGUAUUUGUGUUUAGACUUAAACUACUCAUACUUAGGCGUACAGAGUUGUUAGCGUGUAUGCAAAUGUAAGCAUUUAAGUGACAAAUAGUUAAGCGAUUGACUCUAAAUAGACGUAAGGCCCCCACUCAGUUACGUACCUAGCGAAGACAUGGCGACAAACCUGAACCCCCACACACACACAUACAAACACUGUGUAUGUGCAUGUAAAUACAGCUGGUACAAGUGCACAUAUACCUAUUCAUAUAUACAUAUAUAUACAUAUAAGUAAGUAUAUAGAUACAUAUGUAUGUACAUAGAUAAAUGAAGUAUGCAUUGCGGUGGGUAGCAUAAAUUCUUCCAAAAGAGACGCUUAUUAAAUUUAAAUAUGUUAAUUGAUUGUAAUUAAUUACUAAAUUAUGUAUGUUCAACGCAAAUAUAACUCAUUUAACGUGUGUGUAUGUAGUUGAGUUGUGUUGGUGAGCAACUUUUUCGAAUAAUUAAGUGUGGUUUUACUAGAAUUACACACACGCACACACAUAAAUACAUAAUACAUACAAAUAUACAUAUGUAAAAUGAAAAAUUGUUUUCGCCACACACACACACACACACCCACACUUAUAAAAAAACAAGACUUCAUAACACACACACAGCCAUGCGCGUUUUUUUCCUUAUUCACUUAACAAAUAUAACGGUAUGGCACGCCAUUUUUAUCUGGCUUACACACACAUACACAUACACACAUAUAUGUAUAUUCAUUAUAGUAGAAUCGUUGAAAAAUCAAGUAUGUAUUAAGCAAAAUGAGCGCAGGGUAUUAGUAAUAUUAUUGUUUAUAAAGAAAUUUGAAUUUGUUAAAAACAAAAACAAAAACAAAAACACAAACAACAUGUUGCAAUGCUAUGUUAAGGAUUUUGAAAUAUAUAUAUAUUGAGUAACGGUGGUAUGAAAUAUUGUAAUCCCAUUAAUAAAUUAAAAUUCAUUAUCAAAAGAUGAGUCACAUAAGUAUCAAUAAAAGCCAAAUAAAAUACUAUUUAAA